AAAAAAAUGAAAAACAAAACAAACUUCAAAACCAACUAGUUAAUACAACAAUCAAUCAUGUCCGACGAACCAAAGGGAGAAAAAUCCGAUACUCAUAUCAACUUGAAAGUCAGUGAUGGUAGUGCUGAAAUUUUUUUCAAAAUUAAACGUAGUACUCCAAUGAAAAGAUUAAUGGAAGCUUUUUGUAAAAGACAAGGUAAACAAAUGGAAAGUUUAAGAUUUUUAAUUGACGGUACUAGAGUUAGUCCUGAUAAUACUCCAGACGAUUUAGAUUUAGAAGAUGGAGAUGUCAUUGAAGCCCAUCGUGAACAAGUUGGUGGUUCUUUUUAAUGUAUCUAAUUUAAUAUAUGUAUAAUUUAA